CCAAACAUUACUGGUCACGUGACAUUAAUUUCCGCAAUUACUGAAUUAGAUCCAGCUAAACGGAGUUCCUAGUAGGGUGUAUUUUUUGUCCCGAGAAUUCGUUCAUGGAAGAAAUAUGAGUUCAGUUACUGGAUAGAUCCGUCAAGGGAAGGUCGAAUCUUCAUUCCAGGCACAGAAAAUGGCAGAGGGUUCGACAGACCCCAUCGUAAUUGCUUCAGACGAUGAGUCAGAUAAUGAUGAUGUUGUCCUUAUCAAAGUGGAGAUAGAAGUAGACAGCGAGGAUGUGAUAUUUCUCUCAGAGACGAAGGCUCCGCCACCAUCGGACCUGAACUCUUCACCUCAACCUAUAGACACCAGUGUUACAACAUCAGAGACUAGGAAUGCAUUGUCUCGUAACAUUAGUCUCACUACAUGUACUGGAGGUCUGUCACUUGAUGAUUCCAAUGACACGGAUAUUCUUGACAACUUAUUACAAAAUAGCGCUGUCAUGACAGGGCCUCUAGACUUAUCGUCCAAGUCAUCAGAGUCCUCGGACAAAAAUUCCGCUUCUUUGUCCCCUGGAAAUGUUGACAGUGGUCAGAAUUCUCUUCAAAGGUCCGGGUCAGAUUCAUCAUUUAUGAUGUUACUGACUGGACCUGAUCCGACCUUACAAACAGCUGUAACACUAGACACUAAAUCAAAUUCUACUGGAUAUGAAAUUAGUGAUACUAAAGGUGCUGUUAGCAAUGUUAGUGAUUCAAACAAUUUGGCAAGCGUUGGCUGUUUGUCUAACAGUGAUAUAUGUUCUAGUGAUCAAAGUAACACAGGAUUACCUACAUUGUUAUGUGAUAAAUCUGUUAGCCAUAGCAAUCAUUCAACUGUGACAGAUUCUGGUUGGUCAGCAUUUAACCUUUCACCUUCCAUACAAGCUACCUCAGCCAAUCAGCAAUCAAACAGCAAUUCCACAACAGAUCCAUAUUCAAGUGCUGCUGAUGUUGGUUGUAUUGUUAACACUAAGGAUGGAAAUAGUUCUGUGAUAGUAAGCACUGUGGUAGGACAGUGUGUCUCAUCAAAUCAGACUGGUCAGCAAGCAAAGGAUGAUAAUUCUAAUAACCAGUCCACCAUUUCAUCGACACAGGUUUCUGCAGGGCAGACUUGUCUAGAAGCAAAAUCCAAUACUUCUGAUUCAGGCACAAAUUGUUCAAAUAAGGAUGCAAAUAACCAAAGAUCUGCCACUCAAAAACAUUCGUUUGAUGUAGCAGACCCUUUUCAAGCAAGCCAUGCCUUAUUAGCUUCUUUAGAUAUGACAUUUGACACUGGUUCUCAAUCACAGACUGGUGCUGUGAAAACAACCAGUCUGACACAACAAAAGACUGAUACACAGUCUACCUGUCAAACAGGAAGUGUGAUACUGACAGGACAGUCCACAAACUUUACAAGUGGAUUGUUGGGUGGUUCAGUUCAGUGCAUCCAGCAGCAGCCUGUAUGUCAACAAGUGGUUACUAUAAAUAGUAACGAUUCCUCGACAUCUAAUAUAUUUAAACGAUCUUUAUCAAUGACUGAUACCAAUCCACCAUAUUACAACUCACUAACAUUACCACUUUCUCAAAACACUAAAUCAUAUCAACGUUCUGUAUCCUACAAUUCAUUUGGAGCUUUUCGGAGCGGUUCAAGCAGCAAGUGUUCGGGUCAUGAAGUGAUAACACAGUCCCCGCGUAGCCCGUCGCCACCAAACUCUCACCAUCUUCCGCCUAAAAAACAAAAAAGGUGUUACAGUGAUGCAGCAAGAGAAUCAAAGUGCACAAAUUGUGAAGUGAGUUUGGUGGGGCAAAAGUCUUCUAGAUGUCCCAAUGGCCAUUCUUCUUGUACAAAGUGUUUGGAGGAGAGAGUAAAACUAGUUCUUACUGGGAGAGCAAAGGAAUCUGUGAAGUGUUUAAGCAAGUCAUGUGAUAGCUAUUAUCCAAUCAGUGAAUUGAGACAUUCAUUACCUGCCAUGGUUGUGGAAAUUCUAGAAGAUAAACUAGAUCAGGAUUAUGUAGAUUACAUCUCCAACAUGAUCAUGAAAGAUGCAUUGGAGGAGAUUGAUCAGGACAGUGCGUCUACUGACCUAGAUCAAGCAGACGGCAAUAACGAGAUGAGAUAUAUGAAGAAGUAUGAGGAUUGCCCGAGCAAUUGGGACCCCAUGGAUGAGAGGGAUGUUAAAAGGGAUGGGUAUGUCUUAGUUCCCUUGGAAACAGAAUCUGAGGAGUACCAAAAUGUUCAAAAACGUUUCUUUUACUCCAUGGUCGAUCAAAAUGUGGAAAUAACUGCUGUACACAGAGUUCAGAAUCCCAUACAGUGGAAAUAUUACACAGUAAAGAUGUCUGAAAUGAUUCAAGAUGCUGGUGGUUUCUCGAGUGUCGCUGAACGUAGUCUGUUUCAUGGCACAUCAUUGUCGGCUGUCGAGGCUAUCUGUAGGAAGGGUUUCGACUGGCGACUCUGUGGUAAACACGGAACUUUGUAUGGACAAGGUUCAUACUUUGCUUGGAACGCCUCUUAUUCUCAUCAGUAUACAGAUCUGAGACGACGUCAUGGCUCACUGGCGUCAUCAAUGACCUUCUCUCAACCUUCAUCUAUGACGUUGCCAACAGCGCCACCUUUGUUAUUUCCUCCAGUAAACAUUAACUUCGGUCAGCCACUGCAUCCAAUAGGCAACCCUUCAGGUAUUUCAGUGAUACAGACCAGUCAGUAUAGACCGAUGAAUCUUUCCCAUAAUGCAACAGGGACAGGAAGUCAGUCAGUUGUGAGGUCAUUGUCACAGACUGGUUCACAAACUCAACCAAAUUUUUUCAUGAAUAACAACACCAGUCAGUUUGUCUCCAGUAAUAAUGGAAGUUUGACAAAUUCAGCUCAGCCAAGUCCAAGUGGAUCUGGUGUCACCGUCAACUCAUCUCAUAACAUGCAAAAUAUUCUAAAUUUACCAUCCAAGCCAUCAAAUGAUAUUUCAUUGAAAAGAAAACUUAUGACCGCCAGAAGAAAACAAUUUCCAAUUUAUUCUCGAAAGAUACCUAAGUCUUUUGCAAAUGUAAUAAUUCAAGGUUUAGGGUCAUCGGGAAUGGGAUCUGCUUUUGAACAAGAGGAAAUUGAAAGGCCAACAGCCAGAAUGUUCCUCGCCCGUGUUUUAGUCGGUCAGUAUACAACGGGUAAUGCAAAACUGAGGAAACCCCCACCUCUGUAUCACAACAGCGAUCAGUUUGGAAAAUGUUACGAUUCGUGUGUUGACAAUGUUGAUGACCCUAAGAUAUUUGUGGUAUUUGAUAGCAGCCAAGCUUACCCAGAAUAUCUCGUAGAAUACGCAAACACUGAAGACAAAAUGUUUUGAUUGUGAGUGGUGCGGAUACUUGCUGGAAUAUAUUUUGUGAGAGAUAAAAAAGAUAUUGUAUAUAAAUUUAUAGUCAUUUCUCGUGUUGGAGGUAAUCAGUGUAAAGAAAAGGAACGCAAGGCAUGUGUUAUUGUAAACUUUUUCUCAGAGCUAAAGGAAAAAAUGUGUACAGUGAAACAUUAUGGCUAAGAAAUUGUGUUGAUUUUCAUGUCAUUAUUGUAAAGGGUUUAUUGAAAAUUGAUGUUCUGAAGAUUUGUAAGUGCUGGCUUAGUAAUGAUUAAGGAUGAAAUCUGAUUUGUAACUUGCUAGAACCCAAAGUGAUUUUCUGUUGCAUACAUGAUACAUGAGUCUGACCAGCCUUCCCUGCGGUGCUGUCUGACCAGGCUUGUUCAAUUUUUAUAUUUUGAUAUUGAAAUCCCUUAAUGUUUAAAUGGACUGUUGCAAAUUCAAAGCAAGGUAAAUGGAUUACACAAAUUCAGUAGACAAUGUUGACUAUGGUUUAGAAAUAAUCUUUACUGACUGAAUUUUAUACCAAAAUACCUUUACAAAACAGCUUUCAAAAUAAUAUAUGUUAGUGAAAACACAUUGGUCAGUUACUGGUUGGCAAUAUCCUGAUAAUUUGUGUUCAGGUGCUGGCCUUUUUAUCUACAAGUAAUGGCCAACUUAUCCACAUGAAUUAUUUGACUCAGUUGUGGAGAAUAAAAAUGACUGAUGUAUUUGUAAGUACCAAUCAACCAUUGAAGAAGGACUAUGAGCCAUGGAUUCAAACAUGUGAAAUCCAUGCUGAUUACAAUGCUAAUUCAAACAUGUAAACUCUAUGUUAAUGUUCUCCAAAUUUGAGCUAACUUUACUGGUAUUUUAAAGAGAAGCCAUUACAUGUUUGAAAGUUACGGAGUUAAAGUGAAAAGUUGUGAAGCCACACUGAAUGCCAGAGUGAUUUAUUGCUGUAUCAGCAAUAGGAUUCAUAGAUUUUACCAAAAUUUGUCAUGUUUAUUUAUAUGACCAUUUUCAGUAAUUAUACAAAUAAUUGGUGUGAAUGCCUCUUCGAUGUAUUUAAAGUUAAAUUUAUUUUGUCCGGUGAACAGGAAACACAAAUUUUAUGUGCAAUCUCACAUGCAAAUGUUCUAAUUUCUGUGAUAGGAUAGAAACAGCUUGAUACCUGAUAUGCUGAAUACAUGGAUAUGAUGAAGUAUUGGUUAUUACAAACUCUUGUUAAUAAGGUAUCAGUAAUACUAAGGAAAUAGCGAAUUCAGAAUUCCAGAUAUAUAACCUGAAUACAUUAUAAUAGUAUCCUAUGCUCAUAAUUAGUAUCCUAUGUUACUGUAUAAAGUAAAAAACAAGUAUUUAUUAAAUAUUCAUUUAUUUGCAAGAAAGAAUAAUUUUAUAGAAAAUAGGUAUACAAAACAUAUACAAUGUAUCUUAAUAAUGAUAAUUAAAUGAUAAUUAGCUAAAAAAGUUUCUGGUAUGCUUUUAGUAUGUAAAUUGGAGUUAAUUUUUUCUUUUUCAUUUUAUUUGCUAGUACUUAUAAUGAUUGUGUACAAUAUUCAGAAAAGUUGUAUAAUGUCCUAUGUUUAAAUGAAAUUGUGCUGUUCAAUUUUAUUUUGUUAUGAUUGUAUUGUUUUUGUUUAUUUUAUUUUAGUCAUUUGAUAGUGAGGGUUUUUUGUUCUAUAUACAGUUGUUGAAAGUAUUUAUAUUUUAUUGUUACUCACCUUACUGAUGGAUCAUUUAUAAGACUGGGAAAGCAGUGGCCUAGUGGUUAAGGCUCAACCCAGAGAUCAAGCCCUACUGGGGUCAUAACUAAGACACCUGGGUCUGAGAUUUUUAAGAAAUUUUCAUCGCUCAAACUUUGAACUUACAUUCUGGAUUGGUCAGUAACGGGCAUAGAAUAUACAUUUACCAAAUGGAAAAUCUGAAAUUCAAGACAAACUUAAAAAACAACAGUUUUAUAACCUCAAAUCCAUGCCUCAAUGUUAUAUUUUUUCUGAGCACAGACUGCUGUCAUGAAUAUCAGAAUUUUCAUUUAUUAGUGAAUAUUCUUGACACCUUUAUAAGACUAGCUGUAUGAAUUUAUCCAUAUGAUUGAAUGGAGAAAAAAUGUCUUAUAAUCGAAUAAAUAUGGUUUAUUUGAUUUAUGUUUCACGAUAGUUUUAAUUUACUGGCCCAGGGAAAUAAUGGAGUUUGUUUAAAGAAUUGGAAGUUUAAAAUUACAUAGUUUUUGAAAUCUGUUUGUAAUUGAGAGUAAACUCCACAUUGGGGUAUCUCUGGGCAUGCAUUAAUCUAUUACAGGUAGACACAACAACAAAAACUUAUCAAAUAUGCAAUAGUUAAAUAAUAGAACUGAUUAUAAACACUAGUGUAAUUUUCACUUGUUAAAUGCAAAAUCAUUUGAGGAAAUAUAAUAAAUUGCACUUAACAACAGACCUGACUUGUGUCAGAUAUAAUUUUACUUGUAUUUAUGAGACAGCUGUAAUGUAAACUGGGAUAAUUGGACUAUCGGAAUAAAAAACAACAACAACACUUGCUAUGUCUAGUGUACUGAAUUUAAACUCUAUAGGACUGUUUGAAUGAACAGCUUUAAAUAUUGAUCAUAUUAAUAAUCAACUUGUUAUUUUUUACUUUUAACUAAAGGCCAUUGAUUAGAUUUCCAAUAUAGACAAUUUAUUGUGCAUUAUUACCUUUUCUUAGGGACUUUUUUUGUUUGUUUUUCCUGACAGACAGAUUUAAUAAUAGAAAUAAUUGAACUAUUUAAUUGUAAUUUUAUUCCUUGCAUAUCUUAAUUUUCAUAAUGGAUCUGUCCUGUAUUGAAUUUGGCAAACAUUGUUAUUAUGUCCACCUUCAAAGAAGUGCAGGUACAGUUGUAUAUUGCUUUGCAUUUACCUCUGUCAGUCUGUCUGCCGGUCCAUCAGUCAGUCCGUAGACCAAAUGGUUUCCAAUCAAUUACUAAGGAAAGCUUAAACCUAGGAACUUCAAACUUUUAAUAGGUAUUGUGACCCAUGUAAACUUAAACAUUUGAUCAUGAUCCAUAUACUUAUAGGCUUAAAUCCUGAUUGUGGCCCAUGUAGAUUGUAACCCUUGAUUGUGGCCCAUGUUAACUUAAACCCUUGAUUAUGAUCAUGCAGGGUUUAAAGCCAUGUAGGCUUGGUCAUGUAGGCAAUUGUUUACCAAGAAUGAGUCGGACACUAAGGCCACAGCUCCUAAAUAAUAGAUAUGAUUAUGAAAAUAAAGUAAAUAUGCAUGAUUUUUUGGUGUAACAUAAUUUGAAUGUUUUUUUGCUUUCUUCUGAUUAACCAAAAGAUGAAGAUAUAUGUAUAUACUUUUGAAAAAAAAAAAAACCUGUUUUUGAUAAAUUCAAUUAGUUGAUCUGAUUUACCGUAAUGAAUUGCAAUCCCUAAAAAUUUGACACACAUUGACUUUUAAUGUUAUUCCAGCAAAUUAAUUUGGAGAAAAAUCAUAGGACCGCCUUCGUGGUCGAGGGGUUAGAGUCGAUGACUUCUAAUCCAGUUACCUCUCUGGCGUGGGUUCGAUCCCCAGGAGAUGCUUUGGUAGUUUAGCACGGAGGAAGGUAGUCAAGUACUGGUGUAACUCUCUAGGAGUGAUGGUUAAGAAACUACCCAACUAUAUGACUGAAAUACUGUUGGGGAAAAGGCGUAAAAUGAAACAAACAAACAAGAAUUAUAAACUUAUUGGUAAUAAACUGCACUAUAACAUUUUAUUACAUAAGUGUGAAGGUUUUUACUAUCAAAACAAAAAGAAACAGAAAAAAUGUCAAAGAUAUACAAGACUUUAUGCAAAUUUAAUGUGCGACAAUUUGUGAUUGUACACUUCCUUUGCAUGUCAACUUAAUUAAUCUCUUUGUUUUGUCAAACAUUAAAUUUCCUCAGUAUUUAUUGUUAUGGCAUGCCUUCAGAUUUGUAAAAUUUCUUUUACUCCAUUACUUACAGGGUAGAUUUUUGUUAUGAAAAUAGUAAAAUUUGUCAUAUUUUAAGUUUUACCCAGAAGAUUUCUGUCUUAAUUAAAAUGUCUUAAACUAUUAAUAUAUUUUUUUCCUGAACCCUGUGAUUUGGUGUGAGCAAUUGAUUCUACCCCUGCAACCACUGCAGACAGACAUCAGCCAGCAUGGAUGAGCAUGGUCUGCCAUGUUUGCUACUCAAGUCCGAGCACAUUUUGAAAUUCUCCCUAAUAAUAACGAAUGGUUUUGUCCAGAUUGAAAGACAGACAAGUCCAAUUAAGAUAUCUAGAGUGGCAACGGUUAAUUUGAAAUUUUGCUCGACAUCUCAGGUGUGCCACUUUAAAAUGAUAGUUCUGAUACAGUAUUGAGUUCAUUAUGACAAUGUUUAAAGCAGCAUGCCUCCAGAUUCAUGUUAAUUUUCAUGACAAUUUUGGAAAUGUAUUUAAAAGUAAAAUAUUGUGAGAUGAACAAAUUAAGUAAGUUACAUAUUGCAAUCAGCACUUAGAAUUCAAGAAAAUUACCAAAAAGUCGUCAACAUAUGGAAAAACAGCCCUUAUUUUGUUAGUUAUGCUGUAGAAUUAUGGUGAUAAAAUACUGCCAAAUCAGUCUUAAACCGCACAUAACUUGUAAAAUAUAACUUGGAUCUUGAAUGUUUUUACCAUUCUUAAAAGUUUAGUGCAUUUUUAUAAUAUGAGCCGCGUCACGACAAAACCAACAUAGUGCGUUUGCGACCAGCAUGAAUCCAGACCAGUCUGCUCAUCCGCGCAGUCUAUUCAGGAUCCAUGCUGUUCGCUUACAAACCCUAUAACAAGUAGAGAAACUGAUUGCGAACAGCAUGGAUCCUGAUCAGACUGCGCGGAUGCUGGUUGCAAACCCACUAUGUUGGUUUUGUUGUGACGCGGCUCAUAUUGAGGCGUGCAGCUUUAAAUAAACUUUUUACUGAAAUAUGAUAAAUUUGAUAUCAGUCAUAGGUUAUAAGAUGGGAUGGUAAAAUAGCUCUCCUUGUUUUAUAUCCCAUUUUUGAUCCUGGAUAUUCAGCGACUUAAUGUACAGAUAAAAAAGUUAAUGUUGUUAUUUCUGAACCUUUUUUGGUGAUUUUUCUUCAUGGGGUUUGUUUGUUUACAGGGAUAUUAUGUUAUGCAUUUGUAUGAAUAAAUGUAUUAUAUUUAAUUUAAUGAACAACUAUUGAAGAUUGUAGUCAUUAAAAUGAAAUGCAAGAAGGAUGAGUUUUAAGCCAGGCUUUGUGUGUGUAAAAGUAUAAAUGUUUAUUGUAUGCCUGUUUUUGGUAAACUACAAAGUGACAUUUGAAACAGUGGAUUAUAUUUUGAUAUUUUUCAUUUGAUAUUUUAAUAGUGAAAUUAAAAUGUAAUCGCACCAAUUAUCAAAAUUAAGUUACAUGUAUAUCUAGCUGAAUGCAAUAAACUGUCUAUGAAUGCGGAAAAAAAAUGUGUAAAUAUAUCAAAGAUGAAUGGAGAUUUCAGUUGAAAAAGUUCAAUUAUGAGUAAAAGUUUGGUGGUAACUGCAAGCAAAUAAAUACUUGCACAUUUUAAUGUUUAUAUGUUACGCAACUCUGAAAUGCGUAUUGUGAUGUUACAAUUUGUAGUUUACAAAAAUUGAUUACAAAUAUUAAAUGAAUGAAAAAUUAAUUUCCACCAUAUGUCACAUCAAUUCUGUUCACUGACAUGAACAACGCCAGUUAAAUUGUCAAAGUGGCUACAACACUCGAAAAUGUUACAUCUGGUGUUUGCUCGUAAAAACAUUUUUGAAUUUUACACCGAAACAAACAAGUAUCCUACAUACUUAUCAAGGGUAUUAUCGCAAAUAUUAUUUCUUUGGUUUUACCAAGUUAUGAAAGUGCUAUCUUAUCCCUGUGUAAAUUAAAGGGACUCCACUGAGGUUUAAAAGCCUAAAAACAUAUCAUUUGAAUUUCUUAAAUAAAUGAGCUGGGGCCUUUUAAACAGAAAUAUAUGCAAAGAUAGUUAAGAAAUAUACUUUGAAAUAAAUUGAAAAUCGUAUUUCUAUGCUUUUCUUAAUCUGAUUUGAGUGAAAGUGUUUAAACGCUUUUCAUUUUGGGUUAUUUUUUAUAAUUUGACUAUAAUUAUUCUGGAAAAACGAAGUGUGCGAAUGAUCUGAUAUUUUGCACAAAGAUUUGUGGUCUAAACCUACAUCAAAUGGUACAUUUAUCUGGAAAAUUAUUUGAUGUCAAAAAACCUCAGUGGAGUCCCUUUAAGAAUUUAUCAGAAGACUUGUUCUUUAAAGCUUAGUAAUAUUUACUGAGAUAUUAAAGCACUGUCUUGUACCUCGAAGCUCUCCCAGCCUUUUUAGCUCACCUGUCACAAAGUGACAGUCUGAGCUUUUGUGAUCGCUUUUCGUUCGGCAUCCGUCUGUCGUCUGUAAACUUUUACUUUAAAUGACAUCUCCUCAUAAACCACUAAGCCAAUUUCAUCCAAACUUCACAGGUAUGUUCCUUUGGUGGUCUGACCUUUGAAAAUUGUUCCCAUGCAGAACUCUGGUUCUUUAAAACUUUAAAUAUCUUCUUCUAAAAAACCCAAAGAGCUAGAGCUUAGAUAUUUGGCAUGAAACAUCUUCUAGUGAGUGUCUACCAAGUUUGUUCAAAUAAAAGCCCUGGGGUCAAAAUUGGCCCCGCCCCAGGGGGUCAUUGAUUUUCCCUAUAUGCAUAUAGUAAAAACUUAAAAAAUCUUCUUUUAAAGAACCCAAAGAGCUAGAGCUAAGAAAUUUAGCAUGAAAAAUCUUCUAAUGGGUGUCUACCAAGUUUGUUCAAAUAAAAGCCCUGGGGUCAAAAUUGGCCCCACCCAGGGGGUCAUUGAUUUUCCCUAUAUGCAUAUAGUAAAUACUUAAAAAUCUUCUUUUAAAGAACCCAAAGAGCUAGAGCUAAGAUAUUUAGCAUGAAACAUGUUCUAAUGGAUGUCUACCAAGUUUGUUCAAAUAAAAGCCCUGGGGUCAAAAUUGGCCCCGCCCCGGGGGUCAUUGAUUUUCCUUAUAUGUGUAUAACAAAAACUUAAAAUAUCUUCUUUGAAAAAACUCAAAUAGCUAGAGUUUAGAUAUUAAGCACGAAGCAUCUUCUAGUGAGUGUCUACAAAGUUUGUUCAAAUAAAAGCCCUGGGGUCAAAAUUGGCCCCGCCCCAGGGGACAUUGAUUUUCCUUAUAUGUGUAUAGCAAAAACUUAAAAAUCUUCUUUGAAAAAACCCAAAUAGCUAAGGUUUAGAUAUUAAGCAUCUUCUAGUAAGUGUCUACAAAGAUUGUUCAAAUAAAAGCCCUUGGGUCCAAACCGGCCCUGCCCCAGGUGUGUCAUUGUUUUUAACUAUAUGUGUAAAGAAAAAACUUGACCAGCUAGACCUUAGAUGUUUAGCAUGAAACAUCUUCUAAUGGGUGUCUACCAAGUUUGUUCAAAUAAAAGCCCUGGGGUUUAAACUGGCCCCAAUACGGGGGCCAAUAUACAGGUGAGCGUCUUCAGGGCCAUCAUGGCCUUCUUGUUUUUUAUAUAUAAGGCUUUUGUUAUAUAUAAAGUUUACAAAUUAACGACAAUGUGUUUAGUUUUUAUUAUGUAUACCUGAAGUAAAAACUUUUGAAUAUUCUAGAAUAAUGAAUGUUAGUUUGUUGAUUUAUCUAUGCAUGCAAUUUCAAAUCUUACACAAGAUGUUGUGGGUGUGAAAAAAUCAUGUUGUUCCUUUUUUUUCUAGAAGUGUUACUGUUGUUAUCUGAUAUCUAUAUAUAAUACAUUCUUGUGCAGAUAAAAAUUCUAAAAACAUUAAAAUGAAACAUUA